AUGGGAAGCGUCACCGGCCCAACGCGCUCUCUACGGAGCAACACAAAAUUUCCAGCCGAAGAACCGUCUGCUCAGAAGUUGUUCAACAACAUUCGAAAUGAGAUUUUAAACACAAACCACUCUACUGAUCUGACUUUCCAAAAUAUUUCUCCUUCUGCCGGAUUCCAAAUUGCAACAUCAUUUUCAGAGGAUCCCGAGAUUGAAAGGGCGCUUCCUCGCAUUUCGUAUAACCCUUUAACCAAAGUUCUGACUGCCCGAGUUAUGCCGACUACAGUCCAUGACUGCCACCAAGAGUGGCUUUCAAAAGAGCUGCGCGGUAUGGUUACGGCUGGAUUCUUGACGGAAGCAGAAAUAGAUGAACUAAGACUCCGCGUUGGAACGAGUAUGAUGCACCUAUUCAGCUUUUAUUUCACCUUUCUUUCCUUUUUGAAGUUCAAUUUGAUUGACAUUCUCUUAUUAGCUUUUACUGGUUUUGCGGCACCAUAUACCUCCGCUGUAAAAGAGCCUGAUGCGUGUAUCCUUCCGGACUCAUUGCCUCUACCAACUAUUGCUGUCGAGUCAGGCUGGUCGGAGUCUUGGCCACGGUUGGAGGCUGACAAGGAUCUUUGGCUUAUCGGAGGCACAGCCGUUGAGCUAGUGUUCUUAAUUCGAUGGACCAAGAUAAGUAAUGGCCGUGUAAAAGGAGAUUUGCACGUUCAUGGAAGGGAUCUUGCUGGGAAUGUUGUCUUACUACAGACUGAGGUAUGUGACUGCUAUAUUUGA